CCACACCUCGCCCCUCAUGACGGCCUCCAAGAUCGAUGGCAAUGCCAUUGCGCGCAGCAUCCGCGAACGCCUUGGCGCAGAGGUCAAGCAGAAGCAGGCGACCAACCCGCGGUACCGCCCGUCGUUGAAGAUCGUCCAGGUCGGAGACAGGUCGGACUCGAGUACCUAUGUGCGCAUGAAGCUCAAGGCCGCGGAAGAGGCCAACAUCGAAGCCGAGCUCGUCAAGUUCGGCGAGGACAUCUCUGAAACCGAGCUGCUGUACACGCUCAACACGUACAACAACGACCCCAGCAUCCACGGCAUCCUCGUCCAGCUGCCCCUCCCCAAGCACAUCUCCGAGCACACGAUCACAUCGGCUGUUGCCGACGAGAAGGAUGUCGACGGCUUCGGCAUUGCGAGCAUUGGCGAGCUGGCCAAGCGUGGCGGCAAGCCCCUGUUCACGCCAUGCACGCCCAAGGGUGUGAUGGUGCUGCUGAAGGAGGCGGGCGUCGACCCCAAGGGCAAGAAUGCAGUCGUCUUGGGCAGGAGCGAUAUCGUGGGCAGUCCCGUGAGCAACCUGCUGAAGAACGCCGACGCGACUGUUACCGUGUGCCACUCCAAGACCACCAACCUGCCUGAGAUCGUCAAGCAGGCGGACAUCGUCGUGGCCGCCAUCGGCGUCGCACACUUCGUCAAGGGCGAGUGGCUGAAGCCCGGGGCCGUCGUCAUUGACGUGGGCACCAACUUCAUCCCAGACGACACGAAGAAGUCCGGCCAGAGGCUCGUCGGUGACGUCGACUACGACUCCGCGGUAGACGUCGCUUCCCAGAUCACGCCCGUGCCUGGAGGUGUCGGACCCAUGACCGUUGCUAUGCUUCUCCAGAAUGUGGUCGACUCCGCAGACGCCACCUUUGACAGGCAGAAGAAGCGAAAGAUCAACCCGCUACCCUUGAAGCUCCAGGACCCAGUACCUUCAGACAUUGAGGUAUCAAGAAAGCAACACCCGAAGCCAAUCACCUCCGUCGCAGCUGAAAUCGGCAUCUUGCCCAACGAGCUGGAGCCAUAUGGCUCGACCAAGGCGAAGGUGGAUCUCUCUCUGCUGAAGCGCUUGGAGCACCGCAAGAACGGCAAGUACAUACUGGUCGCUGGUAUCACGCCCACUCCUCUCGGUGAGGGCAAAUCGACCACCACGGUGGGUCUCGCACAAGCACUCGGAGCACACCUCGGCAGAAUCUGCUUCGCCAACGUACGGCAACCUUCCAUGGGGCCUACCUUUGGCAUCAAGGGUGGUGCUGCAGGCGGUGGUUACAGCCAAGUUAUCCCCAUGGAUGAGUUCAACCUUCAUCUGACUGGCGAUAUCCACGCUAUCACUGCCGCAAACAACCUCCUCGCUGCCGCCAUCGAGACGCGCAUCUUCCACGAGAACACUCAGAAGGAUGGCCCACUAUACAAGCGACUUGUACCGACCAAGAAAGGCAAGCGCGAGUUCCUUCCCAUCAUGUACCGACGGCUGAAGAAGCUCGGUAUCACCAAGACCAACCCUGACGAGCUGACGGAGGAGGAGAUCCGCCGUUUCGCCAGACUUGACAUUGACCCUGAGACCAUCACCUGGCGCCGCGUUUUGGACGUUAAUGACAGGCAUCUGCGAGGCAUUACCAUUGGCCAGGCCCCGACAGAGAAGGGUCAGACUCGCGAGACUGGCUUCGACAUCUCCGUUGCCAGCGAGUGCAUGGCAAUCCUUGCGCUCAGCAACGACUUGUCUGACUUGAGGGAACGCCUCGGCCGCAUGGUCGUCGCUAGCUCCCGCCAGGGCGACCCCGUCACCUGUGACGACAUUGGUGCUGGUGGUGCUCUGGCUGCCCUGCUCAAGGAUGCCAUCAAGCCCAACUUGAUGCAGACACUCGAGGGCACCCCCGUCUUCGUGCACGCUGGUCCCUUCGCCAACAUCAGUAUCGGGGCUUCGUCAGUGCUCGCUGACAAGCUUGCACUCAAGCUCGCGGGUACUGAGCCGGAUGAGGAUCACACCGAGAAGGCUGGCUUCGUGGUCACUGAGUCCGGGUUCGACUUCACCAUGGGUGGUGAGCGUUUCUUCAACAUCAAGUGCCGCUCUUCAGGCUUGCAGCCUGACACUGUCGUCAUCGUUGCUACCGUCCGCGCCCUGAAGGUCCACGGUGGUGGUCCUCCCGUCUCCGCUGGCGCUCAGCUCCCUGAGGUCUACCGAACCGAAAAUGUUGAAAUCCUUCGCAAGGGAUGUGUCAACCUGAAGAAGCAUAUCGAGAACGCCAAGUCAUAUGGCGUUCCUGUCGUGGUCUGCAUCAACAAGUUUUCGACCGACACCCAGGCCGAAAUUGAUGUCAUCAAGGAGGAGGCCCUCGCCGCUGGCGCUGAAGAUGCCAUCGCGGCCAAUCACUGGGCCGAGGGUGGCAAGGGCGCGGUUGACCUCGCGAAGGGCAUCAUUGCGGCGAGCAAUGCCAAGUCGGACUUUAAGUUCUUGUAUAACCUGGAAGGAACAGUGCAGGAACGCAUGGACGCAAUCGCCCAGAAGAUGUACGGCGCGGACAAGGUUGAGUUCUCAGAACUCGCCCAGAAGAAGGUGGACACCUACAUCAAGCAGGGCCUUGGCAACCUGCCCAUUUGCGUGGCGAAGACACAAUACUCGCUCAGUCACGACCCUGAGCUCAAGGGUGCUCCGACAGGCUUCACGGUCCCCAUCCGCGACGUCAGAAUGGCUGCUGGUGCCGGCUACCUCUACGCGCUGGCCGCCGAUAUCCAGACUAUUCCUGGACUGCCCACUGCGCCUGGAUAUCUCAACGUCGACGUCGACGUCGAGACAGGCGAGAUUGGCGGUCUCUUCUAG